AUGAGCUUGGCCCACCACGCAGUCAUUGCAGCCCUCGUGGCGCUCCUGUUAGCUUGGCCUCCAGCGCUAGCCAAGCCAGACUCAAAGGGCAAGCAUGCAAGCCUACCCUCCAGGAAAUGUCCAGAACCAUAUGUGAUGGAUGUGACAGGCAAACGGUGCGUUAUGACGCAUUCAAUGAAGCCGCUGACGGUUUGCCCCAAUGGUGUACUCCGUGACGGACUGUGUUUGGUAUUGGCGCUGCCAGAAGCAACAUACUGUCCAGGAGGAUUCACGGAAUAUGUUGUUGAUGGCAUGAAGGAGUGUGUUUCUACAAGAGUGGCUCGUAUGAAAAUGGCUUGUUGGGGUCCUCAUGAGAAACUAGAAGGCGACUUGUGCAUUGAGCGCACAGUUUCUCCUCUUAUAUUGGAAUGUUUAAAAGGAAGACUCAAUCACGACAAUCUUUGCGAGCACAUCACUGCAGAGCCGCCCAAGGCCGUUUGCAGUCCAGGUUUCUUUGAAUCUGAUGGGCUGUGCAUCCAACGUCGAGAAGCACCAUGUGAAGCGGAUUCCGGCACGGAACCGGCAUCUUACAUAACUAAAUCAGGUGUAUUCCUUCACGAAAAGCAGGAAGGCGCCCCAAGUUUCCACUCCAAGGUAACGUACAGCAACGCCGAGCACGAGCAAGGAAAGAAAUCAAGUCGAUGGGAAACGCUACGUCAGGAUCUCGGUGCCAAAUUCGUGGCUUCUGAUGAGAGUGUGGAACUUUACCAGAAUGUAGAUGGAGUUCCUAAAGGCACCCAGGAAAUAUUCCCUAGUGCGGGAUUUGAAAGUGCUUUCGACUUUGGGCUGGAUGAGUCGGCUUUUUCUAUUUCUUACGGAGAAACGGAAGGUCAACCAUUUGGCCAUCAGUGGCAGGACAUCACAGAGGGCCCCGAAUAUGCGCCUAAUGAAUUUUUUUCGGAUGUAUUUCCUGAGUUUGUCCGUCGGCGCAGACUAAAGGCGUCGGUGUCACAGCCUGAUCAGGAUGCCCUAGCCGAGCGGGAAAACGCAGCCAAAAAUAGGGCACUCUAUCUGCCUCCCUGGAACUCAAACGCAGAGCAUCAUGUUGCAAACGAAAACUCUCAGGAAGAAAGCCCACACUCCAAAGACGCAUCAACACGUUCUCACCUUCGAUUGCCCUUCGUCAACCCAGUGGGACUUCCUUAUGCCGGCCCCACCUCCGUCAUGACACUGAUGAAUCAAAAGUUGCUGUACUCGCAUAACAAGCUUGCAAACCCCAUUGGAACCAGCAUGAAACCUUCUGUGCGUCCUGCAGUGUGGCAUGACCACCGAUUUGACUCUCCCAUAGGAAGUGAGAGAGGUCCAUUCGCGCGUCAACAACAAAAUUCGGCAUACACGCAUGGGGAGGAUUCUCGGGAACCUGGGAUUUCACAGAAACUGAGGUCGGUUUUGCAAAGACCGUCAAUCCCACUAAGUAGACAAAGUACAAACGUAGUUGACAAGGAUGCCUCCGCAAAUCCAACUGUACAAUUAAACGGUACCCCAUCUGAAGCUCAUGCUACGAAUACAGUGCUGGGGGAGUACAGGUACGUUGACGGUGCAGCCAACAUGACCGCAGAAACUUACAUUGCAAGCGUAGAGGGGAGGCAAGCCAGCCGGCUGCAGGGCGUCGGGCGUCUCUUCACGAAUAACCCCCAAAAGGACCCCGCAAUCGGUGCCAGAACUCUCAUGAAGACACGUGUACCCAGUGAAAGCCAUACAGAGGUAGAGAGAAGGCUGCGAGGUGGACGUGGAAGACGCCUUGAAGGGCUAGACUACAUACCAGGGUGUUGGGAAGAGGAAAUACAAACACCUGUUGACUGGACCUGCGAUCCGCCAUUCUCGCUAGACUUGGAACAAUUCGUCUGCAUCCGGGUUGAGCUCAUGGCUCCAAACAUCAUCUGCGAUGGGAAGCCGGAGGGCGACUUUUGCGUUCACGUCGUGCAAAAGCCUCCCCAGUGGUACUGCCCACUCGACCCGCCGCCUUCAGGCAAGGCAAAGAAUGAUAAGAAUGCAAUGCACCAGGCUCAGAAGAAGGGGAAAACUAAAGAACAGGCCAAGCAUGAGGGCGGCGAAAAGCCAAAGGACUCAACAAAGAAAGAGCAGCAGAAAAAGCGAGAACCUGGAGAAUCUCAAGAAAACAAGAAGAAGAAUACAGAAGACCCAGAGGAAAAAGACAAACCAUCCAGCGGAAACGGCGAACGGAGAGGAGGGGGGAGGAGUGGGGGAACACGGUCUGCAGACAGCACAGAAAGCCGCAAAAGAACAGAGAAUUCAGAUUCUCCCAAAAAGAAAGUCGCCGCCAACAGCAAUGAGUCGAGCGAGCAGAGCAAUGGCACUCAGCCUCGGUCCCGCCGCGGCAACACCGGUAGAAACCAAAACACUGCCUCCACUACUACACAAAACGAAAACAGUGAGGGAGGGGACCAGGGUACAGGCAGCUCACGAAGGGACGAAAAACCCGAAACGGAACAGAACACCCGGAGCCCAAACCGAAGACAACGUCAGUCCAGCGCUGAACGCCGCGAUGAUAGCAGCGCACAAGAUACAACCAGCUCGCGAAGCACAGGAAAUACAACAACCAGCCGCCAGCACGGAGGACAGCAGCAGCGCCGCAGCCGGCCUGCUGAGACGAACGCCGCAGCAGAGGGUGAAGAAUCUGACGAUGACAAAGAGAGCUCUAGAGAUAGAGAGGAAGGUUCUCGACAGCGACAGCCUCAAGGUCGGCGACCGCGCCCAG